AUGGAGGACCGCCAGCAUCAACUCACUCGGCUGCCCCACCGCCACACCGGCAGCCCGCAGAUCGCCCCCAGCCUGCUAGCUAGCCUGGCGGACGUGCCAGAGCUGCGCCCGAUGGUCGUCAAGGAGGGCAGCAAGGAGGGCGAGGAGUUUGAGAAAGGCCCGUGCCUUCUUAUGGCUAGAGUUGGCGCAGGUGAGUGGAAAAGAGAAGGGUAUGAACCAUACGAGACCUUCUUGCACUAAUGUGGUGCGUUUGCUCUUUGUGUGGGUGCAGAAGGAGUCGGCGGCGAGAAGCUGAAGUCGGUGUGCACGUCUUCCAGUGGGGUCGGGGCUGAUGUCAAGGCACUGAUGGGUGUCAAUAUGCUCACCCGGGUCACGGCCAUCCACCGCCUUGGCAUCGCCCACAACGACUGCCACUGA